ACAUGGCCUCCAGCACGCAUCAGAGAUGUGUCCUGUGGCUGUUGUGCCUGCUGGCGUGCUGGGCGAGGCGCGGCAGCUGCGGGCCCCCACCACGACCGCCACCACUUGCCGUGGAGGACCUGAGCGCUGAGGACGAGCAGCAAGAGGCGCAGGCCCAGGAGCAGGUGGCCAUCCUCAAGCAGAUCAACCGCGUCAACGACGACGGCUCCUACACCUUCGGCUACGAGGCCGCCGACGGCUCCUUCAAGAUUGAAACCAGGGAUGUGCAGGGCAACGUGAAGGGCAUGUUCGGCUUCAUCGACGAGAGCGGCACUCUCAAACGCGUCUCGUACUCCGCGAGCAACGGCACGGGCUUCCAGACGAACGACCGCGCCUCCGCCUCCGCCGCCGCCCACGCAGCCUCGGCUGGGCAGCAGCCGCCGCUGACGCAGGCUGCGCACCCGCUGACGUCACGCGUCGUCAGGCCGUCGCUGCGACAGUUCGGUCUGCGCAACGCCCUGGAGCCCACGCCGGCGCCGCGACCGGGGGUCAUACAGGUGGUAUUCGUGACCAGACGGCCAUCCGCAGAGGAAGAAGCUGAGGAGGAUGCGACGCAGGCAGCCGACGAAGACGGCGAGGACGAGAACACGCAGGCGGAAGAGGCGGCAGCCGCUAUAGUCCACGAGAAGCAGCAGGAGGCGGCGGCCAAAGAACGUGGCAGGGUGUCUCCUGCCAGGGGAAACGCGUUGCGCAGGCAGCUGGCGCCGGAGCAGCCCCUAUACUACUACGUGCCGGCGCAGCCGCUGUUCACCAGGUACCGGUCAGAGGAGGCGGACGAAGCGUACGUGGAUCAGGGCACAACGACGGCGAGGCCGGUGCCGGAGACGCCGUUCCGCGGACUCUUCACUGCGGGAAGGCCUCCGCCCCCGGGCAGCGCGUCGCCGGCGCAGCUGCUGCAGGCGCUGGCCGCCUACGCGAGGGACGGCUCCCAGCAGCACCAGCAGCAGCAGCAGCAGGAGCCACUGCCGCAGCAGGAGCCCGGCUACAGGCUGCUCCCUGUGCCCGCCGACCCUAGAGACCCUGCCGCUGUGGUGGCUGAUCCCAGCCAGCUGGAGGCGCAGGCCCAGCAGCUGCUGCUGCGGCUGCUGAUGGCCCGCCGGCCCAGACCGCGGGGUCCCCCGUACCGGCCGCUGCCCGCCUCGCCGUCGCUGACGCCCUUCCAGCAGGCGCUGAUGCAGACGCUGCUGGGCUCGGAGCUGCCGCCGGAGCUGCUGCAGGAGCUGCUCAGGCCGCAGGUACCGCAGUACGCGCCGCCGCCUUAUGCGGCGUCUCCGUACGGCCCGUAUCCUGGACAACCCGCAGGCUACCCCUAUCAACCGCAGCCACCGCCCGGCGCCUACGCGCCCUACCCUCCGCCUCCGCCGCCACCGUCUACGUACGCCCCUGCGCCACCCACGACUCCACCUCCACCUCCGCCGCCGCCGCCACCUCCAGGCCCGCCAGCGCGGCCUGCAGCGUACCCGCCUCCGCCGCCCCCCGGCUACCCGCCGCGGCCUGACCUGCCUCCGCCCGGCGCCGCCCCCGGGCAGCCUCCAGCGGGCGCCUACCCGCCGCCCACGGCUCCUCCGCCGACACCGUCGCCGCCCCCGUACAGCCCAGAGGUGGGCGUCGACCCGCGGGCGUACCCAGGGUACCCCAGUUACUCUGUCGUCUACGACCCGGAGCGCCGCAUUCUGCGAUAUCGGCCCAGGUACCCGCCGCCGCCGCCACUGCCGCCUCCGAUAUACGCUAGGCCCUACCCGUACUUCGUGCCUGGACCCUACGUCGAUCCGCAGGUGUUGGCGCCGCAGCCGCUGCCGUACGACAUCCCGCAGAUCCAGCACCGCACCGGCGGCGCCCGCUCGGCCGUGGGCACUCCCCGGGAGCUGAUGCCCGACGAGUACCGAGAGGCGCUCUUCCUGCGCAUGCUCGCUGCGGUUCGCGCAGCGCAACAGCAGCAGCAGCAAGCGGCAGCCUCAUCCUCAUCCACCACGCCGAGUCCAGUGUAUCAGGUGACAGAGUCAUCUGAGAGUUCCACCAGCUCCGUCAGCUCGACGAGCUCGACCACUCCGAGCACUUCGACGACCACAGUGAGGCCCACGUAUUACAGGACACCGACGCCAGUGCGCAGCGUGCAGAUCCUGGACCCUGGCACAGAUCCCGCCACUGAGGGCUCCUCCAAAAGGUCCGUGGACGCAGCCACAGACACCAAGGGCAAGAGGGAGGCCAGCCAGGGCGCUGCUACUGCUGCUUCUGACCAUAAGGCUGGAGAAGAGGGUAUCGAGAAGGCUGUGGACAGCGCCAUUGAAACAAAUAGUCAGAAGGCGGAGGGCAGCGUCACCGAAACAACUAAUGAGAAGGCGGUGGAAAACACGACAGAGGCGGCCAGCGAGAAGGCGCUGGUGGCUUGAUGACAGGGCGCGUCAGCGCAGCACACCAACCUUCGAUUCCAGCAGGGAUCAGAUGAACUCCCAGCUGAUGUAAUGGAGCAUAGGAAAUGCUCUACAAGUAUUUUUUUGUCGUCAUGACAUACAGAACUUAAUUAUGUCACCAAUGCCGGACACAAAUCCAAAGAUGCUCUCUGCUUUGUCUCCUUGUAACAUUAGUUCUCUACAGCUAGCAUAGUUCAGUUCCUGUAAUAUGAAUUUCAGCAGUUAGGUAGAAUUACCUUUACGAAUCAGUCGUAUAAGGACCUACCGUAGAAACAAUGUUAAUGGAAACAAGCGUAGACUCUGCUUAUAUCGAAGACUCAGCAAGUGUUGCUUUAAAGUAAACCGACUGAAGUAUUUAAAAUUGCGAUGUAUUUCCUGAGUGCUGCAAUGGUUCUUCUAUUAACUGCACUAUGACUUAUUUUGCUUGGCUCAGCACUAUCUUAAGUGACCUUCACACAUUAUCUUAAAGACUUGUACACAACUCAGUUCACUUGUACUUAUUCUGAUGUGCCUGGCGAAUUACCAGUUGAGUAGUCGGAUUUGGUAAACGUUUCCCCAUUUUUAACGUUAUAUCAAGAUGCUUCAAAAUUUUUGUGUUCAACAAUCCUCAAACUGAUUUCUUAUCACAAUUUUUGUCCUGUGCGUUAGAUAUAACGAAUGAUUCACAGCUUAUUGUUAUUGCUUGCUUUUAUGUACAUUUUUGUCAACAAUGUGCAGAAAAAGGCUUCCUAUAUGUACUUCUGUGCUGUGAACAUGUUUGUUUGUAGAGAAGUAAGUGCGUUUUUUAAUUAUCUUCAUUACAAUUUUCUUUAGCACUACCCAUUGCAUAAGUAUGAAAAAAGAACCAAAAAACUGUAAUUCCAAAAGAAGUACGACACCUCACUGCAAUUCAAACGGAAGAUUGUCAAAAAAAGAAAUGGUACUGUGACGCUGAACUUGUAGAUCACUAAGUAUUUAUUGUCACUGUACUGUUGUGAUACAUUGUUAGUAUUAAGUAAUUUUAUAUAAUUUUUAUACUUUUGUACGUGACACUAUAUGUGAAUAAACAUGACAUAUUUAACUUA